AUGGAGGCCAUUGUCCACAAGACAUCACGCCAGGAAGUGGGAGGAUCUCCUCAGCCCCAGUCUACACCUGAGAGUCCUGACCCGACACCUCCUCAGCCCACCAGCUGUGGUGUGGAGCCACUGGGGAACUGCAGGAGUACCAGAGACCUGUGGAGAGGAAAGACAGACUUCCUCUUGUCUGUGAUUGGCUAUGCAGUGGAUUUGGGAAACGUUUGGCGUUUCCCCUACAUCUGCUACCAAAAUGGAGGAGGUGCCUUUCUGGUGCCAUACCUGGUGAUGGCUGUGUUUGGAGGAGUGCCCCUGUUCUACAUGGAGUUGGCACUGGGCCAGUACCACCGCUCGGGCUGCAUCUCCAUCUGGACUCACAUCUGUCCCGUCUUCAAAGGCAUUGGCUACGCCAUCUGUGUUGUUGCUCUGUACACAGCCUUCUACUAUAACACCAUCAUGGCCUGGGCCCUGCACUACCUGUUGUCCUCCUUCCACCCCACGCUGCCCUGGACCACAUGCGACAACCCUUGGAACACCCCCCGCUGUGUGCCCUCCAGCCCUGAUGCCACCAACCACACCUGGGGCAACACAUCCACCUCCCCGGCAGAGGAAUACUACCUACGGCACGUGCUGCAGGUGCACCAGUCGCCGGGUCUUCACCACCUGGGCUCGGUCAGCUGGCGCCUGGCCCUCUGUCUGCUGCUCAUCUUCACCGUGGUCUUCUUCAGCAUCCGGAGCGGGAUCCGCACAUCAGGCAAGGUGGUCUGGGUGACAGCCACUCUGCCCUACCUGGUCCUGUUCGUCAUGCUCAUCAGGGGACUCACCCUCCCAGGGGCCUGGAGCGGAGUCCUCUACUACCUUAAGCCUGACUGGACCAAAAUACUCAACACAAAGGUGUGGGUGGAUGCCGGUGCACAGAUUCUCUUCUCCCUGGGUCCCGGCUUUGGGGUUCUGAUGGCUCUUGCCAGCUAUAAUGAUUUCCACAACAACUGCUACAGGGACGCCCUGGUUGGCAGUUGGGUAAACUGCUUGACCAGUUUCCUGUCCGGCUUUGUCAUCUUCACUGUCCUGGGCUACAUGGCUGAACUGAGGCAACAGGACAUUGAGUCUGUGGCAAGAGACACUGGUCCUAGUCUGCUCUUCAUCACCUACACGGAGGCCCUUUCCACCAUGCCAGCAGCCCCCUUCUUCUCUUUCAUCUUCUUCCUCAUGAUCAUUGCACUUGGACUGGACAGUACGUUUGCAGGUCUGGAGGGGGUGGUCACAGCGGUGGUAGAUGAGUUCCCUGGAGUCCUGCUGAGGAGGAGAGAAUGGUUUGUUCUGGGCUUAGUGUGCUUCUGCUACUUCGGUGCACUCACCACUGUGACAUAUGGAGGAGCAUAUGUGGUGAAGUUGUUUGAAGAGUUUGCCACUGGCCCUGCUAUCGUCACCAUUGUCUUUCUGGAGGUGGUGGCUGUGUCCUGGUUCUAUGGUGUCUCUCGGUUCUGUGGAAAUGUGCAAAUGAUGUUGGGUUCCAGCCCUGGCUUGUUUUGGAGGACCUGUUGGAUGGUGUUCAGUCCCUGUUUCCUACUGUUCAUCAUCAUCAGUUUCCUGGCGGUGGCUCCAGAGCCCAAGCUCUUUGACUAUCGCUAUCCAUCAUGGACUACAGGCCUCGGGUACGCCACCGCACUCUCCUCCUUCGUCUGUGUUCCAGCGUACAUGAUCUUCUACAUGCUCUCCACCUCUGGAACCUUCAAACAGCGCUGGUUGAAAAGCAUCACCCCGCCGCAACUUACAAUAGAUGCAGAAGACACUCCGAUGACACAGCUGUGA